UUUCGAGUUUUUCGGAAGUUCCUUUUGAUAAUUUUGUUCAUUGAUUUCGAUGAUACUUCGCAGCUUUGAUUAAAGUUCUUUUGUGGGUUAUGAUCGUUAUUUAGAAAGGUGAAAGCUUUCUCCUUUCUUUCUCUUGUUUUGACAACCUUAAAAUUUCAAUUUAAGCUAUCGUCUUUAUUGAGUUUCUUGAGAAAAAUAGAUAAUGGGAUCGAGUUUGCAGCAGUGGGAAUCAGACCCCCUGUUCUCAGCAGCCGAAGUGAUUCAAGACUCAGCUGACAGGAUGGAAUCAAUUUUCCGCCUUCUUUUGCACGAACAAAGUUUUGUCCAAGGUGACCAUUCUGAUCCUAGGCUGCUUACACAAAUUGAGUUCCAUAGGCGUGAUCUUCAAACCAUCCUUGAAACAGCAAAAUGGCAGUUGGAAGAUUUUGAACGAGCAGUUAGCUCAUCAGCUAUGAUGGACAAGUCUUCCACCAAAGAGUACAUGGUUUCCAGACACAACCAGUUUAUUAAAGCCAUUAGAGAACAAAUAAAUCAUGUUGAGGAAACCUUAGGGGAGCAACCAAUGGGAAAUUCUCUGAAAAAUUCUGACUGGGUAGACUUAAAUGAACAAGAUAGAGAUGGUUUGGCAUUAUUUCUUUCUGGGGGAAAUCCUACUGAACCAGUCAACCAUUAUGAUUUAGAUGACAGCAAUAUCUUGAAAAGAUUUCUUGAUCCAGCCAGCACAUCAGGUUCAAAAGAUGGUGGAAUGGUUGCACAUGGAAGUGGGGAAAUUGAAGAACUGAAUACGAGCAGGGUUUCAAAUAUUGACAAUUAUUAUGAUUCUAAGGACCAAAAUUUGAGAAAAGUGGGUUCCAGUUAUUCCCCAAAAUUGAGCUUAGAUGCUUUUGAUUCUUCUCAAGAGGCAUCUACUAUGCGGAAUAUUGAGGAUAGCAGUUGGGAUUUGGAAGCUUGUGGGGGCAAGGCUAAGAGCUUCUUCCAGAAUAAUAAGUCAAGAGGAUAUUAUAGCAGAAAGAACUUCUUUUGUUUCCCAAAUAACCUAUUGAAUGCAUUUGGAAGUAAGGUUGCUAGGGAUUAUACAAAGCGGUUGAAAGAUGGGGAUGAGCAAGAGCAUCUCCCAUUAUUCAGUGACACUUCUGCACAGGGUCAGCAUAGGGAAGAAGGUUUAGCACAUGCAGACUGCAGUCACCUUUGGAGUAGGUUUCAAGCAUCCAAUGGCAUUUUUUAUCAUGUUCAACUUAGUCAGAGAUCCAUGCAAAUUAUAUUAUCAGCAGUUUGUUCGCUCAUAAUUUUGGGUAUAUUGAUACGCCAAUUUGCUUGAGAAAUUGCCAUUCAUAGUUCAAUUGUUGUCUCCCUUGUAUAUAAGCAAUAUUGCAGAGGUCUGACCAUGGUGUGCGAGCACGUAAUGCCAUUUCUCAAAUCAAGCCAGACGCAAAAACCUCUUUUGGGUUCUUCAUGUUCAAAUUCUUGUGUUCAUGAGCAUAAAUUUGAAUUUUCAUAUCACCAGUCAAGCCAUGUAAUACAUCACUGCUAGAAAUGAUUUUAGCAGCCAUUCAAUUUGAUAUUCCCAUGGAGUGUUAUUUUUUAAGUGUCCAAUGUGUGGCAAUUUGUUAGCAUUGCCAUUCAGGAUUGGCCAAUUAAUGACUAGAAAGCCUCCAAGCCUUCUUAUUUGUACUGGCAUAGGGCAUCUUAUCAUCGAUUAAUAAAGGAAUCUGAGAGAU